UUUCAGGAGAAAGAUCAAUGAGAAGGACAAGAUGACACGUAAGUGUUGUUACUGCAAGGCGGGAAUGCCCGAAGUAACUGUAAGCAGUGAAGGUGAUUCAAAAUGUGAAAAGUGUAAGAAGAACGAAGAGAAAUAUAAAACAAAGCCAACGAUAUGUAUGUACUGCCAGCUACAAGCUGCUUUUGUUGCUAACAAAUGUGUUUGGUGUUGUCAUGCUGAGAGGAAGUAUGGAUUACCAGUGCAAUGUUCUCAGUGCCUUCAGAAAUCUGCCUUUGUUAGAGAGCCCUCGGAGAAGGAUAAACCGCUGUAUUGCCGUUUAUGUACAAUGUCUAGAAAGGCAAUGUUUGGAGAAGCUGCAACAUAUAGCAAUAUAUCGAAGUCAAAAAGUAGCAGUCAUUCGAAGCGGAAAAGAAAUUCUUCUGAAAACAGAGGUGGAAAAAUAUCGAGGCGAAAUGCGAUGACGGAGACAACGUUAGACAGUGCUCAUUCGGAACACAUUUUUGUCAUUCAACAGUAUAAGGAUGAAAUUUUAGAACUGCAAAAGAAAUGCUUCGAAAAAGACAGAGUUAUACUGGAAAGGGAUAAGAAGAUUGCAGAAUUGAAUGCUGAAGUAAUUAUGCAAGAGCAACAAGGACGAAUGAAAAUAACCAUGAUGCAAAAGCAGCAUGCCGAGUCGUUGCAGUCACUACAUGAUCAGAUACGGACUUUAAACAAACAAGUACGGCAGUUACAGAAAGGAUUUUGACCGAGCAUCUGUUUGUGUGAUCUCUUUUUUACUCUUCCUAACAAUGUUAGUACUUUUUUGUCAUCAUUCAUAGUAGUGUAAAUAAGUAGUGUAAAUAAGUAGUGAAGCUUUCGACACCAGAAUCACAGCACUUACCUCAGCAAAUGAAAUCCUU